GCAAGCCCACUUUUGCCACAAAGCAACAAGCUGCCUCCCGCCAAGUGAUGUCAGCUGCUGGAGGGGCACGCGCCACUCACCUCGCAUCCCGAGUUCCCCACGUCAUCUCUUUCUUUUUUUUCCUCUCUCCGCGCGGCUUCUUCACCUUCAUCACUGAAACUCACCUCGUCAAGGCCUGAAUAAACAGCACGUCGUACGCCUCCGUCAUCAUGUCGUACAACGGUUACGGGCAACCUCCUUAUGGCCAGCCACCUCCCCAACAAGGCUACGGACAACAGUAUCCCCCUCCUCAGCAGGGCCAUUAUCCUCCUCCCCAAGGACACUACCCCCCUCCUCAACACGGCGGCGGCUACUACAACCAAGGACCUCCUCCUCCUCAGGGACACUACCCUCCGCCUCAGCAGCCGCCAUACGGACAACCUCCUCAACCUCAAGGCUAUGGUGGCGGCUACCACCAACCUCCACCUCCCCAACACGGUUACGGCGCUCCUCCGCCCCAGGGCUAUCAGGGCCAUUCUCCCGCUCCAUCGGGAUCGUACGGCGCCCCUCCUCCUGCAGGCUACGGAGCUCCCCCCGCGCAUCAGGGACCUCCCACUCCGCCUACACUCGGCUAUGGACCCUCCCAGCACAUCAACUGGAGUGGCUCGGCGGAUGCCAAUGCCCUGCGAGCUGCCAUGAAGGGAUUUGGUACUGACGAAAAGGCGCUCAUUCGCAUUCUCGCUGAUAAAGACCCUCUUCAGGUAGAAGUCAUCCGAACAACAUACGAUCGAGAGCUUCGACGCAACCUCAUCAGCGACCUCAAGUCUGAGACGAGUGGCUACUUUGAAAUGGGCUUGCUUCAACUUGCUCGUGGACCCUUGCUUUCUGAUGUCCAUAAUCUCUUUGACGCAAUGGCUGGCCCUGGCACCAAGGAGCGUGUUCUCAACGAUGUGCUUCUCGGCCGCUCCAACGCCGAUAUCCGCGCAAUUAAGAGCGCCUACCAGCACACAUAUCACCGCAGCCUAGAGGAUGCAGUCAAGGGCGAUUUAAGCAUGAAGACCGAGAGACACUUUAUGAUGGUCCUUGCUGCGAACAGAGCUGAAGACUCAGCGCCUGUCCUGCCUCACCAAGUUGACAACGAUGUCAUGGAACUCUACAAGGCUACAGAGGCCAAGAUGGGCACUGACGAAAUCAUGGUUUGCAACAUUCUUACUCACAGAAACGAUAACCAGCUUCGCGCCAUUGCCCAUGCCUACAAGCACAAGUUCAACAAGGACUUUGAGUCUGUCAUUAAGAGCGAAUUCUCUGGACACAUGGAGGAUGCACUCCUUUUCCAACUCCGACACGCAGUCGACAAGUAUAUGCACGCGGCGAGCUUGUUGGAGGAUGCUAUGGCUGGAAUGGGCACAAAGGACUUCCUUUUGGUUUCCCGCGUUGUGCGCUUCCACUGGGACCGUAACGAGCUCGCCAAUAUCAAGGGUGCCUACCAGCAAAAGUAUCGCACUAGCCUCGCAAACCGUAUUAAAGGCGAGACUUCUGGCGAUUACGAGCGCCUCAUGGUCGCCUGUGUUGGCCAAUAACCUAAUGACAUGGUACUGAUCGUAGGAAGGUUAUAUAUAUUCCACCGGACCUUGGGGAUUUAGGGGACCUGCAUGUUUGCAUAAUGAACUUUGUAUGAAUACUGAAACAAAACCAAAUUUUAUGAUGAAUAUUUUUGCUCUC